AUGACCCGCCACUUGCGAACUGGUCCGCAGGGCCAUGGCCGAAAGCACGCAUCUCGCAUCAAAGGAACCACCAAGAACCCAAGCCUAGCGCCUCAAGGAAUCCAACAGCUUGGUUCUGGUCUCCAGCGCUCUGGUUCGAAGAUGGGAAUUAUCCCAGCGGAGACCUCGAAUGAUCGUCCCCUGAAAUGCAAUGGACAAAUCGAUAGGGCGAACACCACUUGGUCGGAUGGAAUAUUUGCAUAUAAAUAG